CAAAACCCUCGCAUCCUUCUUAUCCCUCAGGCCUAAUAUAUUGGUUGUUUGUAGAUAUCGAUGACUAAAUAUGUGUGCAUCUAAGUCUCCAUCGCGAUCCUGGUCGCAACGCAGGUCAGACUAUCACCCGGAGAGCUGGCAGCCUGCAUGGAGCUUGGCGACCGUGCUCAAGGGCCUGCUGUCUUUCAUGUGCGAGGACUGCCCCACCGCCGGCGCCAUCGACCCGCCGCCCCCCAGCGAGGAGAGGCGGAGACUAGCGAGCUGCUCGGCCUCCUGGAACAAGGGGCAGGCCGAGUUCUGCAAGGCCUUCCCGGAGGCCGACAGCAUCAUGGUGGCAGUGGCCGCCCGGAAGCCACAGGCCGAGACGGGCCCCGCGGACGAGGCGUCGGCCGACGCCGGUGCUCAAGUGCCUGCUGUGCAGGAGACGGCCACCGUUGACGCCCCGGAAGCGGACGCCGCGCCACCGGCCACCGCCGCCCUCGAGGAGGGCGCCGCGGUGAGGCUCCUCGGCCUCCAGAAGCGCGUCGACCUCAACGGCAAGGAGGGCGUCGUGCGGACUGCCGCGGGGCAGGACGCCGGCGGCAGGGUCACCGUGGUCGUGGACGACGAGCCGGUGAGCGUCAAGCCAGAGAACGUCGAGCGGACGUGACCCCGUCGGUGGGGGACCUUGGCGGCGAUUCGCGCGAGAAGCCUCGCGCUGCUGCCCUAGGCAGCUGGAAGCGGGCGCCGCGCAGCCGCGGGCGAAGUGCGGCGGAGGGGGUUGGGGGGCACCGGCAGGGUGCGGCGGAGGGCCGGUGGUGGGAGAGCAGCGGCCGCAGGCGGCGGCGGUCGGCGCACGGCGCCGGCGUUCAGACCCGGGGGGCCCGCGUG